CCAGUGGACUUAGGUGUUUACUUGCCCAGGGGCUUUCCUUAAUGUGACAGAUUCUCCUCCCACUGUCACCAGCACAAAAGCUGGUUCAUCUACUACAACCGCUACAUUAGGUGAACAAGGCAUGGGAACCAACUUCUACAGUGUUAAUAUGACUCUGAAUAUGAACGUAACUGGCAGUGAUCCAGGGACGACUAUUCAGAAGUGGGUUCAAAGAAUGCUGAAAAAGGAAAAGAUGAGUGCAUUCAAUUUCAGAUUGUUAAACUCGAUUUUUAAAGACAUUACUGGAACAGUGGAACUAGAGAAGACGGUCAAGGUGAGGAAUGAGAACAAGUUUCGAUGUACCUUCCAUGUUGAGGAUCUUGAGACGCGGAACGUUACAGAAGCUCAGAGACUCAUUGCUGACCAGCUGUCUGGGAAUCAUGUUGAUGAUAACAUCUUGGUACAACACGAAGACAUCCACGUGUUACAUAUAGAUCCAGGGAAUUGUCCUGAGGAAACCCAUAAUAGUUUCUGGGGUCGGUAUAUUUGGCCAAUCACAGAAGCCCAGAAUAUACAAAAAAUGGACUGUGAGAAGAACCGUGGAGAGAAGGCUUGCAGAAAAUGCAUGUUGGAUCAACUGACAGGGAAGGCCACGUGGGCAAAGGCAAACCUGCAAUCAUGCAAGCCUGUGAUAACCAUCUCUGAUCUGGACCAUGUCACUGUCACAGAAAACAACUCUGCAGAUGUGCUCGACAUAAUUGAGGUCCUUGUGCGUGACAAGGGGGUCCUGAGCGACUCCCAACUGGCCUCCGUCAUCCAAAAGCUGGAUGAGGUCCUCCAGGUCUGUGUCGUGACCCCUCAGCUUGGCAGAGAUAUCGUCAACAUCAUCGGUGACAUCCUGCGCUCUGACACUGAUCUUUCAGAGGUCACUAAUAACAUUCUGGACAUUACAGACCGUGUUGGGGACCAGAUGAAGUUCCAAGAGGAGUCUCUCAAUGUGACAGUCCCUUCCUUGUCCCUCUCUAUGGUCAACGUAGACAAAGACAACUUCCAGGGAUUUACAUUUGGUGUGUCCUCCUUUUCAACCGACCUAGUUCCAGAGAUUUUUGUCAACCAGACAUUUGUCAGUCAACCUCCUGAGAACACAGUCGUCUCCAUCUCCCUACCCAGCGCUCUUCAGAACUUCUUCCCCCCGGGACACAAAAAAAAUAGAAUUCAGUUCCACUUUUAUGGCACACAGGACCUCUUUGAGGACCCGGAGACCAACUGGAUUCUUAACAGUUAUGUGGUGUCGGCCAGCGUCAGCAACAGCAACAUCUCCCUCCUGCUGAGUCCCGUAGUGGUGACACUUCGUCACCUCAAGCCCAAAGAGAGGAGUGUGAAGGAAAAGUGUGUGUACUGGGACUUCCAGAAGAACAGUGGGAGGGGAGGAUGGAAUAGCAGCGGCUGCGAAACACUUCCAGGCAUUUCCGCUUAUCAGACCAUUUGUCACUGUUUCCACCUCACUCAUUUUGGUGUCCUCCUGGAUGUUACCAGGACUCCUAUCAGUGAAGCCGACCAGGAGAUCCUGACAGUCAUCUCCUACCUGGGCUGUGGUGUGUCCUCCAUUUUCCUGGGCAUCAGCCUGCUCACCUACUUGGCCUUCAACUACGUCCUCUGCAUCGCCACGGCAGCCACUCUGCACUACUUCCUGUUGGCCUCAUUCACCUGGAUGGCCCUGGAGGCAAUCCACAUGUAUUUUGCUCUGGUCAGGGUCUUCAACAUCUACAUCCCAUCCUACAUCUUCAAGUUCUGCCUCCUAGGCUGGGGCGUUCCCCUGGGGAUAGUCAGCCUGAUCCUGGCCAUACAGAAGGAUGCCUAUGGCAGCGCCGAACCAGCGGACUCUGAUGAAGCUCUGCAGGCCUCUGAGCCAUUCUGUUGGAUACAGAUAGAUGUCUUCUUCUACGUUGGGGUCGUGGCUUUCGUGCUCCUUGUCCUGGUCUUUAACUCGGUCGUGUUCAUCGUGGUUCUGGUCCAAAUCCGCAACAUGCAGACCAAUAAGCUGGCGGUAACAGGAGGCCAGCGCGGGGUGACCCAUGACCUCAGGGCAGUGGCCAGUCUCACCUUCCUACUGGGUCUCACCUGGCCCAUCACCUUCUUCACCUGGGGUCCAGCCAGAGUGCCCCUGCUUUAUCUCUUCACGAUCCUCAACAGUCUGCAAGGGUUUUUUAUUUUCGUUUUCCACUGCCUGAUGAAAGAGAAUGUGAGGAAGCAGUGGAAGAUCCAUCUGUGCUGUGGUCGAUUCAGGCUCAGUGACUAUUCAGAUUGGAGCCGCUCAGUGAUGGUCGGAAGCCAGACCAAGAAGAAACAUCUGGUGCAACGCUCUGUGUCUGUGAAGUCCGUCAGCACCUCCUCUCGGAAGGUCUCUGACGACUCUAUAACAGCCAGCUGCAGCUCUGGGAUCCCCCUCCACCAGGGCAACUAGUCCACUGUAGCUCCACCCUGAGGCCUAGACUUGCUCCACCCUGAGGCCUAGACUUGCUCCACCCUGAGGCCUAGACUUGCUCCACCCUGAGGCCUAGACUUGCUCCACCAUGACGCCUAGUCUAGCUCCACCAUGAGGUCUAGUCUAGCUCCACCCUGAGGCCUAGACUUGCUCCACCCUGAGGCCUAGACUAGCUCCACCAUGAGGUCUAGUCUAGCUCCACCAUGAGGUCUAGUCUAGCUCCACCCUGAGGCCUAGUCUAGCUCCACCCUGAGGCCUAGUCUAGCUCCACCAUGAGAUCUAGGCUAGCUCCACCAUGAGGUAUAGUCUAGCUCCACCCUGAGGCCUAGUCUAGCUCCACCAUGAGGCCUAGUCUAGCUCCACCAUGAGGCCUAGUCUAGCUCCACCAUGAGGUCUAGACUAGCUCCACCAUGAGGUCUAGACUAGCUCCACCAUGGGAUCUAGUCUAGCUCCACCAUGGGAUCUAGUCUAGCUCCACCAUGAGGCCUAGUCUAGCUCCACCAUGAGGCCUAAUCUAGCACCACCAGGGGGCCGAUCUAGCUCCAUGGGCAUUAACUCAAAUAAGUAGCCAAGUGUACGUAACUCCACCAGGGGGACUAACCUGGCUCACCAUAAAAGGACUAUAUACAUUACUCAGCUAACACAUGCUAACCUGAAACACAGCUGACCUGAAACACAGCUGACCUGAAACACUGCUGACCUGAAACACCGCUGACCUGAAAAAAUGAGAAACACUUGAGGUCAGGAUAUCUUAGCAGACACCUGAGUCCAGUCCAAAUUUACUGUACAAUGUUAAAAGUCCCCCAUACUCCCAUGAUUUGAUUUAAACCUUAAGAAUAAUAGUUUCUACCACUAGAGGCCUUGUUUCUUUGAAGUCUCACUACUGUUGGCCGACACACAUACUAUAUCUGAUCUAUGUGUUAUUCUGUUCUUCUGCCUGACACUCCCACAACCUCUGUGAA